AUGCCUAUAAAAGAAAAGAAUCCGUUUGAAACUCCUACUCCAGCUCUCGGCUAUCACAAUAUGAAGUGCAUACCUCGAUGUGAUUUGCCGCUACCCGAAAUUGGAGUUGCUCGACUCACAACUAAUUUCAACGUCUGCUCACAUCCAGCUGAGCUGUCAGUCAGAGUUAUUCAUGAAGUUCGCUCGGUGUCGACAUUUUUGGCUGGCGAUGAAAGCGUAGAUUCACGAAAUAUUGGCACGGAACACUGGCCACUGAAGUUGAAUGUCCAAUUUUAUGAAAGCUCACCUGACGACUAUUACGCGAAGGCCUGCAUUAUAACUGAGCGAACAGGACAAGUAACGUGCUUUUUGAAUUCCACUUACAGUAAAGAUGCGCUCAUGGGAGAGUGUGAAACCGAUAAAUUAGGAAUGUCAGCAACGUUGCCAAUGCUUUUACUAACCGUCAUGAUGAUCGUGUUAUUUGUGGCAAUCGGUGUAGGUAUCGUAUUCCUCACCCAUCAUCUAUUUGUCCAAAUCACACGUGCAGCAAGAUCGAGUCGGAAGUUCCAUAAGCAGUCCCAAUGUGCAGCUCUUCUACCGUCGAUUCACACUCAGAAAAUGAGCAUCGAGAACGAUCGAUUAACUGUAAUUGAGGAGGAAAAGGAAGAAUCGUCAAGGAUGAGUAUGUCGCCGUCACCGACUCCGAGCAGUGGAUUUGAAAGCGAUGCUAAAGCCUUCUCAUUCAAUUCCUCCAUCGACCGCUCAGCUACCACAGCACCCGUUGAGACGAUCGCAAAGUCCUACUCAACGUUACAGACGUUCCGGUCAAAACCUCAUGAUGUUUGA